UCACUUUUAGGUGGAACAAAUAAAAAAAAGUUAAAAUUUUUAAUAAUACUCUGAAUCACGCUGAAAAAUAUUUUGCAUCACUAGGCACUAAACAUUAAAAACUUUAAAGACAGUUUAUUAUUUUGCUUUACCCUCAUCAUUAAAAAUUCAAUUUUUUGACUGAAGAAUUCGCGGCAAGUCUGUUUCUUACGUUUCCGGCGAACGAUUUCCUGACUCGGCCCACAGUGAGGCUUGUGCCGAAAGCAACAGCGUGCCCGUUUAGCACUCUCUCGUCACGAGUCUCUCUCCCCAAAAAGGUAAAGUGAAGUAAAGCUGGGAAUGACACAAAAAAGUAAAGCAACAGCACGAGCCGCAUUGAAUUGCAAUCCCUCAUUGGGGGUGGAAAAAAACGUGGAUGUGUGUGUGCGAUGUGCGAUGUGGAGAUGUGUCCUUGUGUGGGUGCUCAGGGGGCGGAAAAGCGGAAAAGGUGUGACAAAGAUAACAUUUCACGCAUCCAAGUGAUAAUACACCCAUAACACGCUCAUGUUACAUAUACCAUCGGAGGGUGAACUGGUCCUCCAAUUGGUUCACCAUUCGAUUUUAUAUUUAUGGGAUUUGUUUUGCGGGGAUUACGCAGGACUUAAGGGAAUCCUUAUAAAGAAAACCCAAAUAUCGUCGUGACGAAAUUGAGUAGACAUUGCGUGGAAUUAUGGGAAAUAAAACUAUUAAGCAAAAGCAAUAAGGUCUUAAAUGAAAUAUGGAAGCAUUUAAAUAAUCUUUAUAUAAUAUUAAGAAAAUUAAAAGAUUUAAACAAAUAUCGUCGUGAGGAAAUUAAGUAGAAAUUGCCUGGAAUUAAGGGAAAUAAAACUAUUAAGCAAUAUAAUCUUAAAUAGAAAUAUGGAAGCAUUUAAAUAUUCUUUUUAUAAUAUUAAGAAAAUUAAAAGAUUUAAAUAAAUAAUAACUCUUACUAAAUAUUAAUUAGAAGUCAUCCGUUUCCCCUCCGUUGGCAAUAUUCAAUAAUCCACAAUGCCAACCAAUUACUCUAAUGGCAAAGUCUGACCCGUGACCCCAAGUGGGCCCAGAACACAAUCAGAUAGCUCAGACCGCACUUAUACGAACGCUGGUCAAUCCAGUUAGUCCAAUCCUUUGGUGCUGUCAGUGCCACGUUGGCCAUGUCCCCGAACACUUGGGUAAUUGAAAUGCCUACGCAGAAAGCGCGAUCACAUCCGUAUCCGCAAAGAAUCUCGCCGUACCGAGCACCCGGUUUGAACAGGGAUGCCUUCACCAGGGAUGCCCCACCAAUGCCACCGAGGAACCAUGAUCAUCCCGUUUUCGAGGACAUUCGCACCAUUUUAUCCGUGCUCAAGGCCAGUGGCUUGAUGCCCAUAUACGAACAGAUCUCCAAUUAUGAGGUGGGUCCUCCGACCAAGACCAACGAGUUUUACUCCUUCUUCGUAAGGGGCGUGGUCCACGCCCUGACCAUCUUCAAUGUCUACAGCUUAUUUACACCGAUAUCGGCGCAAUUAUUCUUCUCCUACCGGGAAACGGACAACGUGAACCAGUGGAUCGAGCUGCUGCUCUGCAUCCUGACCUAUACCCUUACGGUUUUUGUGUGUGCCCGAAAUACCACAAGCAUGCUACGGAUAAUGAAUGAAAUCCUUCAACUGGACGAGGAAGUGCGUCGGCAGUUUGGCGCCAAUUUGAACCAAAAUUUUGGGUUCUCUGUGAAGUUUUUGGUAGGAAUCGCCGCUUGCCAGGCGUAUAUAAUCGUGCUGAAGAUAUAUGCCGUGCAAGGCGAGAUCACUCCCACCUCCUAUAUACUGUUGGCCUUCUAUGGCGUCCAAAACGGUCUGACCGCUACGUACAUAGUAUUCGCAUCGGCUUUACUCAGGAUUGUGUACAUCCGGUUUCAUUUCAUCAACCAGCUGCUGAAUGGAUACACCUAUGCCCAGCAGCAGAAGCGCAAAGGAGGUGGAGCGCGAGCGAGGCGGCAGCGUGGUGACGUCAAUUCCAAUACCAAUCCAGCUCUAAUGGAACAUUUCCCGGAAGACUCACUGUUCAUAUACCGCAUGCACAACAAACUGCUGCGUAUCUACAAGGGCAUCAACGAUUGCUGCAACCUGAUUCUGGUCUCGUUUCUGGGCUACUCAUUCUACACAGUCACCACCAACUGCUACAACCUCUUUGUCCAAAUCACCGGCAAGGGCAUGGUGUCGCCCAACAUUUUGCAGUGGUGCUUCGCCUGGUUAUGUCUCCACGUUUCACUCCUUGCUUUGUUGUCUCGCAGCUGUGGCCUGACCACCAGGGAGGCCAACUCCACAUCACUAGUUCUGGCGAGAGUAUAUGCCAAGUCCAAGGAAUAUCAGAAUAUCAUCGAUAAAUUCCUUACCAAGAGCAUCAAACAGGAGGUGCAGUUCACGGCAUAUGGAUUUUUUGCCAUAGAUAACUCCACGCUAUUCAAGAUAUUUUCGGCCGUCACCACGUACUUGGUUAUCUUGAUCCAGUUCAAGCAGCUCGAGGACUCGAAGGUAGAGGACCCUGUAUAAGAUCAAACUUGAAUGUACCUCUAAAACAUUUGAUAAAUAUGUAUCGAUCACGGUUUUUAAA